AUGUUCUCGCGCACUGCUGCUAGGUGCAGUCGUCGCCUCUCUCUGACCAGAAAAUUUGUCUCGUCAACGAAGAACACCACUGGUGGUGUUUCGUUGGCGUCAAAAACGCUUUUGGUGGUCGCUGGAGUUGGAGCCGGAUUGAUGGCCCAAAAUGUGUUUGGAACGAUCUCCAACGACACAAACAAGCCACAAUUGGAACACUCGUUGGUGAAGAAAGCCGACGAGGAGCCUUCUACCACCCCGUUGUCGACGGUUGAGUUUCCCCGCUACGCUACCGACGCCGAGUUUGCUGAGGCUCUCGAAUUGUUCAAACAGAUUGUUGGUUCCGAAAACAUCACCUCUGAGGAGGCUGUGGUGUUGGAGCACGCAGACUCGUUCUUCAACACUCACCAUCCUCCUAAGCCAGAUGUGCAAAGACCUGCCGUUGUGAUCUCGCCUACCAGCACAAAACAGGUCAGUGAGAUCAUGAAGGUGGCCCACAAAUAUCGUGUUCCUGUUGUGGCUAACUCGGGUCUUACUUCGUUGGAGGGCCAUAACAUGCACACAAGAGGUCCCAACUCUGUGUCUAUUGCCUUUGGUGACUUAAACGACAUCAGGGUCAAUGCAGAUGAUAUGGACGCAGUAGUCCAAGCUGGUGUCGGUUGGAAGGAGUUGGACGAGUACUUGUUGGAUAGCGAGGAGGCUAGUCAUUUGAUGUUUGGCCCAGAUCCAGGCAUUGGAGCCACCAUUGGUGGUAUGGUGGGAACCUCAGCAUCUGGAACAAACGCCUUCCGUUACGGAACCAUGAAGGAGAAUGUGCUUAGUUUGACGGUAGUCUUGGCUGAUGGAACCGUUGUGAAAACGAGACAAAGACCACGCAAGUCGGCUGCGGGCUAUGACCUCACACGGUUGUUCAUCGGCUCUGAGGGAACUUUGGGAAUUGUGACCGAAAUCGUGGUCAAAUUGCAACCCCGUCCCGCUAAAGAACUCGUGUCCAUUGCUACGUUUCCAACCAUUAAGGAUGCCGCUAGUACUGCCCAACAUAUCAUCUCGCGUUCUGGUAUCCAGCCCAAUGCCGUUGAGCUUGUCAACGAGACGUCGAUGUCGUUUGUGAAUGCCAGUGGUGUCUCUGAGAAAAAGUUUUUGGAGAAGCCCUCAUUGCUCUUAAAGGUGGGCGGGCCCAACGACUCUAUCAUCGCCUCCCAAUUGGAGAUCAUUAAAAAAAUUGCACAGGAACACAAUUCUAUCGAGUUUGAGUCCUCCAAGAGCGAAGAUGAAAACGAGAUCUUGUGGGCUGCCAGAAGAGCUGGUUUGUGGUCUACUUUCGACUACGGUAAGAAGGUUUUGGAAAACAAAGACGACGUGCAAUUGUGGACUACCGAUUUCGCUGUGCCAAUCUCUAAGAUGGCCAACCUUAUUAACGAGACCAAUGACGAUUUGAACCUGCUGGGCUUCCGUGACCGGUUCUCGGUUUUGGGCCAUGUGGGUGAUGGAAACUGCCAUUUCUUGCUCAUUUACAACUCCAAAGACUACUCCAAGACCAAGGAAGUGGUCGACAGAAUGGUCGAGAGAGCCAUUAAAUACGAGGGUACUUGUACCGGAGAGCAUGGUGUUGGUGUUGGAAAGAGGUCCUACUUAGAGCCCGAAUUGGGUAGAACUGCCGUUGAUUUGAUGCGUCACAUAAAGUUUUCCUUAGACCCUCGUGCUAUUCUUAAUCCAGACAAGAUCUUCAAGAUCGAUCCAAAGGAGGAUUUGGACUCCUUGUUGGAUAUGGGCCAUGCUGUUGAGGUGCCCAAGUGUUGCUAG